CGCGAGUUCGAUGAUGAACUAGAGGUUCUUUGCGAAAAGCUCGAACUAUGGAAGGGUGAAUACGUUAGGGAAUGGAGGGAGCUCGCGAGUAAAUCGACGAAGGUCGAACAGAUCUUUCUCAAGAUCUGGGGUAUGGAUGACUCCCACCUGGAAGGGCGGGUACCCGAAACCAGGAUGGGUGGUCCCGAUGACGCCCAGGACAACCGCACGGCGCUAUGUGAUGACCUUGCAAUCGAGGAAGAGGAGAGAAAUGAGAUGGAGCGCGUCAUCGCGGCGAUAAAAGCCACCACCCAAGAUUCUCCACCCGCCUCCAGCAAGAAAGGCGGCCUCAAUCAUCUCCCGUGCAUGGCGCUGGAUGUGGAUGAAGCAAUUCCUGAGCAGGGGAAAUUUUUGGACGAGCUUUUUGCACGGAUUAUGGAGCUACGCGACCUCACAGAUUCCACCGGGUCGUUUCUCCGAAGGGUCAUCCUGAAAAAGGGAAAGGAGAAGAUGGAAAGGUACCAGGCGGCACAUAGACACAUUGUCGCGGAGCCAUUCGAGCAUCCGACCGUCAAGAGAGAAUUGGCGUUCCUGACUGGUAGAUUCCUCAUCUGUCCAAUGGACAAAGCUCCCAACAUGCCCGCCUUCGUCUUCAAGAACUUUAAACGAAAAAUGGCCUUCCAAAGACUAUCGGGCCUUGAGUUUGCCAGCAUUCCGGCACCGCCUGCAGUCGUCAUAUCGCGCAUCCGCGGCGAGCUCCUUGCCUUUCCGGCACUUCCUGCUGCUGUGGUCUCGUAUCCCUAUCUCAUGGCAGUACUCAAGGUGCAAAAGGGCACUUUCCGAUGGAUCACGAACACGGCGAAUACUGUCAUCUUUCCUGCGGCGGAUAUAUGCGCCUGCAUAUUGCGUUUCCUUCUCCCACUUGUGCAAACCUUCUGUCAGAACAGGAGCCUGGAAGUGGAGGAGCAGCAUGGCGUCAAACCCAACCUCUGGUGGGCCAUUUCAACGGUAGGGGAAUUCUACACCAAUCUACCAGAGAAGGUCUAUUCCGUCUUCACAGCCGACAUGACCAGAUGUUUCGAAACAAUCCCGACGGACAACUCGGAGGACAGUCUCACUGCCGCAGUCAAAUUCAACGUGCAGUGCGCUAUGCAGGUGAUGAGGGAGAGGUGCUUUAACCACGCGGUCAUGAUCAGGUUCGGGGAAGGUGGCGAUCUGCAACCAGCAUGGGCGGAUGUUGAACUGCCGGAGGAGAUGGGCACAUUACUAUUCAGGGAAGGGGAUAUCUGCUGGCUCUCGGAAUGGUGCAUUGCCAACAGCAUAUUAUACAUGGGGGAGUACGUAUGGAGGCAGGUUCAUCAAGUUCAAAUCCAACAGGAGCGCCAGGUAAUCACUACAGAUUAUCAUGGCACAGGUGGCGCAGAUUCUCAUGCUAUGCUCAAAUCCGGAGGACGCGGCGAAUCAGAUAACGGGCAUAGUGACAACGAUGAGAAGCAAUGGCUUCGCUGCGGACGCAUGAUGGGCGGUGGUCAAGAAGACCCUUCGGAAUGCUUAUCUCUAUCAGCCUGGUAGACUGUCUGUUCAUGUGAUCAGGGAGGUCCUUGCCAAUUUGCACGGAAUUACAGACUAG